AGUUUUGAAUUAAGAAUUGAUCUUUGUUUGAAAACUACCAGCAGUUUUCUUCGGAAAUCUAUUUUUCUAAGAAAACUGCCAGCAGUUUUUUGUAAAAAAUAAUUUUUAUUACAAAAUUGCCAUUAUUUUUUUUUUUUUAAUUGCCAGCAAUUUUCUUUCGAAAUACAUCUUGUUAAAAAACUGCCGGCAAAUAUAUUUUUGUUUAUUGUCCAAUUUUGAAAACAAAACGCUUUUUUCAAUUCUAGCGUUUUUUUCAUACUCAAAAGCUUUUUUCCUAAAAGAGGUGAAUUCCUCCUCCUGCCUCAAGGUCAUCCGGAGAAAUAGAAAACAGCUGUUGCUGCUGCAGUCCCAUAUACUACAUAUUCACAUUAAAAUUAAUUAUUAUAGUAUAAAGACAACCAACCUUGAGCACUAACUGAAUGAAAAUCUUUACUAUGUCUUUGGGUUCUCCUGCUAUUCAAAAUGAUCAAAUUAUAAAUGAAAAUUGUAAUCCAUUGGAUUUAGAUGAAUUCGAUCUUAAACAUGGCAUUAUUAAUGGUCCUACCCCGCCAAAUGUUCCCUUGAAAGGUCAAUAUAAACAAAGUUUUGCCUAUUACACCUUUCGUCAACGUUUGCCCAAUACUUUGAAUACUAUAUUCAAAUCUUUAGAGCAAACAGGGCAAGAAAAGGAAUUUCCUUAUUCCCCAGAGGAAUUGAAUUCUGUUAGAGAACAAGUUGUACAACUAAAAAAACAACUGGAAAAUAAUGAACCAUUACAGUUAUUUAAAGGAAAUGAAACCGAUCGUAAGUUAUGGAAUUCCUUUAUUUCAAAUCUUGCUGCCGAACAAAACAGCUUUUAUAAAACCUGUUGGUUGUAUGCCGAAUGUUAUAUGUAUCGCAAAUUGGCCUCGUUCUUUGAGGCUACACAAACUCUAACAAAUUACGAUUUUUUUGCACAACAGAAAUUCCAGGCUCUUAAACUGGCCUCUGAAGUAAUGGUACAGGUAGCCCAGAAUACCCAAAAUCCUGAAAACAAUGUACAAACUUUUCAAAAACUCUUAAAGCUUAAUCUUUGGGGCAAUCGUUGUGAUUUAUCCAUAACCUCGGGUCAGGAAGUAAAACCUUUAGGCAAUCUUAUGGAUAUCAUUGACACACUAAAUGACAAUAUAUUGAUUGAUCAUAGUGCAGCCAUAUGGCAUUGUUUACAGCAUCACCAUGAUUCCAGAGUUAUUGUUGAUUUUAUCUGCGAUAAUGCUGGUUUUGAAUUAUUUACUGAUCUUUUAUUGGCUCAAUAUCUAAUCGAUCAUAGAUUAUGCCAUACAGUGCGUUUUAAUUUGAAAUCUAUACCCUGGUAUGUAUCUGAUACUACGGCUCAAGAUGUUCAUGGAACAUUGAAAUAUUUGAAGGAACAUCAAUCGUUGGAAUUAAAACGUUUGGGUAAUAUUUGGUCACAGUACUUUGAAGAUGAGCGUUUCGUUUUGGCCUCCAGGGAGGAUUUUUGGACGUCGCCUUAUGAGUUCUAUAGAAUGCCUGACAUUAACGCUUCCCUCUACCAAACGCUCCAACAAUCCGCUUUACUAAUCUUCAAAGGUGAUUUAAACUAUCGCAAACUUUUGGGUGAUUUCAAUUGGGAUUUUAGUGAAAAAUUUGAAACCUGUCUACGUGGAUUUCGACCCACAAAUCUAUGCACUUUACGCACAGUUAAAGGAGAUUUAAUAUGUGAUCUCAAACCGGGACUAGCGGAAGAGUUAAGCAGACAAAAUAAAGACUGGAUGUUUACCGGAGAAUAUGGUUUAAUACAAUUCUUAAGCAAGGAGUAGAGGAAACAAAAAACGAGUUCAAAUCUCUAUAUAAAUAGUAAAAUAUGUAAUUGUUGUUCGUUUUCAAAUAAAUGUAUAUUUCUAAAUUGUUAUUUGUUACAAUAUUUUGUAAGAUUUUUCAUUUUCUUGGAUUGUUUUUGUUUUUCUUUUUUUAUUUUUUCUGCUACUACAAUUUGUUAACUGGCUAAAACAAUAUUAUUUUUUUAGUUUUUAUAUUUAUAAUUAUUUAAUAGUUUAGUCUAUUAUUAUUUUUUUAAUUUUAUGGGGUUUGUUUAAAAAUAAAUUUAUGUUAAAUUUACAUAAUUGCUAUUUUUGUUUAAAUUAUUUAUUUUAAAUGUUCUGAACCUGUUUUUUUUUUGUUGUUAUUGUAAUGCUUAAAUAAAUAUGUGCGAUUUAUGACAAAGAAUAAAAUAGAGUAAAUGUAUAGUUUUUUUUUUAAGAAAAAUUUUGGAUUUUUCAUUGAAAUAUUCUUGUUUUUUCUCAAAAAAGAAGUUUAAUUUUUUAAAGGUUUUAUUAUUUUGUUGUAUCUUAUAAACAUAAAAUGAUAUGAGUUUUAUCGUUAACAUUAACGAUAGAUUUUUCAAAAAGUUAAGAGAUUUUCUUUAUUAUUAACUAAAAAACAAACAAUAAGGAUUAUAAAAUUAGCAAUUUAGUCCUACUUGGUAUUAUUAAACGUUUAACGUCAAAUUUUGUUUAUACAGAAAAAGUUUCAAAACUAAAAUUUAAACAAACUAUUGGAAGUUAAGAAUAGCAUAAAUUAUAAAGUAAGUUUUCUAAUAGUUAAUAUGUUUUGUUUUAAAGUCUUUGUGCUAAUUAUGUAACCCUUGCUGUUAGGCUUUCUUUAACACAUUUUGUUAAAAAUUAAAUAUAUUUUCUUACAAUUCAAUUACUAGGUUUACAUUAAGACUAUACAAAAGUUAUUUAUUUACAAAAAAAAAACUGAACAGAUGUUUUUAAGACAAAAGACUAAAAUCCAGACUUAAGACUAGACUAUAUAGUCUAGCCAUAAACAGACUAUAAUCCAGACUACAGACAACACUGUAGUCCAGUCUGUAAACUA